AUUUAUGGAUGGCAGCUUCCAAACACCAGAUACAUGGCUGACAUGCUCUCAGCCAAUGGAUACAUUGCUAUAUGUCCAGAUUUCUUUGUUGGAAAAGAGCCGUGGAGCCCAUCUCACGACUGGUCAACAUUUCAGCAGUGGCUUGAGGACAAAAAGCCAACAGACAUCAAAAAGGAAGUGGAUGUUGUAUUGAAGUAUCUGAAGGAACAGUGCGGUGCGAAGCAUAUAGGUGUUGUGGGCUUCUGCUGGGGUGGUGUUGCGACACACUACAUUGCUCUUCAGUAUCAG